AACUUCUUCGAAAACGUGCAGGCCGCCCUUGACUCGGGUGUUCGACCGGAGGCCAUAAGCUACCAGUUUGCCUUUCAGAAACACGAACUGCAGAAGAUUCUCAAAGAGUAUCCAGGAAAGGAGGUCAAGAAGGGUUUGGAAAGCCUGAGGAGGCGAGUGGAGAAAAAUCUAUCAGAGGAGAGCAAUCUGUUUUUGGUUGUCUGGAGAUCGAUCCAGGGUGAAAUCACUCGGCAGUGUACGUACUAUGAAGACUUGAUUAAGCGCUGCUACGCAGAUUCCGGGCUGGCUCUCGACUUUACGAUCUCCGAUUUGCAAAACUACUUCAGCGAGAUUGCAGGCGCCCCCAAACGCCACGCUCUGGGUGACGUUCUCCGUUCCUAG